AUGGAGACUGCAGUCCAGAGCUUGUGUGAUGAGAUUUUAAUGCGAGUUUUGCGUGUGCGCCUCAUCUGCUGCCCACAGGGCUUCGGAUCUCUUGCGCUGCUUGCUUUGGCCCAGCAAGGCCAAGCCAGCGUUCCAACUUGUGCCAUUGUUGGUCAGGGGUACGAUGAUCCUGUCGUCACGUCAGUCAAUGGUGGCACGGACGUGGCUGACGCCAGCGUGUGUCAGCAGAAGUGCGCACAGCACUUGAAUUGCUCCGUCUUUACGUACUACCUGGAGGGUGGAGGUUGUUGGCUGCAGGGCUCAGGCCUGGUGGCCAAGGCGAUUCCCAAUGCCGUGGUCCUGCAGCUCGCUGAGACCGAGCCCAAGCCCCGCCCCGGUCACCGCCCCAGCCGCGAGCUCCGCGAGCUCUGCGAGCUCGGGAGUGAGCCCGGCCAUGCUGGAAGCGACCUCUACUUUGCAGAGGGAACCAACCCUCGGAGGAAGCAUCUUGUCCGCUUCAGAUGCUAUGGCUGUGAAGAGGCUUGCAAUAAUUACGUAUCUGUGUCUCCAGCCUAUGUAGCGUCGCUGAGUCUGGACAUUGACUUCACCUGCUCUAUGCUGGAAACCACCACAGCUGCCGGGCUCCUGUGGAGAUGCCUGGGGAAGUCAAUGGCAUAUAGUAUACUAUAA